AAUGGAUUAUUUAACCAAAAUUAUUACAAAUGAACAAGGUGCUAAAGAGGAUCCCUUUAUUGAUAUAAAGUUGGCAACAUGCUCGGGUGCAUUGCAUCCUUUCUGUCAAAGUAGUGAAAAGUCGAAAUUCGUAUCACUCAACGAUGAGGAAUCAAAUCCAUUGUCGAGUGAACACAUGAAAUUAUCUCCAAUUGCGUCAUUCGACUUUGAAAGUAUUCUGUUAAAGAAAAAAUCCAAAUCCACAUCCCAGUCAUUCAUUCACCCUACAAUUUAUGGAUCAACAUAUGUGACAAGUCCUUUUAUGCGUACGGAAACCCCCAUGUCACCUUUCCAAACAUCAUACAAAGAACUAAAUUUGAAUGAUUAUUGUUUUUUUGACGUAAAAAACCCAUCUGAAUCGUUUCGUAAAGAUCCCACAAUAACUAUACCAUGCCUUGUGGAUGUUUCUCAUGUGAAUACUUUGAAAGACUCACAGAGUAACGGAAUUGUUACUUUGUUGACACCUGAGCGACACCGAACUAUGAGAGGAACCACCUGUACGAAAGAAGAACACGGUUUAGCUAAGUGUAUUGAAGGAAACCCAAAAGCACUUAUUCCAUUCACUGUUCGACCUCGUAUAUGGAAUAAAAAUCAUAUGGACGCUUCUGUGGACCCUCCUUCACUUUCCCAUUAUGAGAAAAUAUCUCCUUUUCCAACAAAUUUUUGGCUUCCCUCUGAUAUGACAACGAAUACACCACCGUUAACGCUAUAUUCGACAAACAUGGAAGCUAAUUGGAUCAUGUCCUCUAAGAAGAAAAACUGGUGUGGAUCAACUUGUCAAUUUGAGUCGGAGUCAUUCCAAAGUCCUCAAAAGCAGUGUCAGCAAGACAAAAGCAGUGCAACGGAACAUUUAAAAAAGAAAGAAGUUUUCAUUAAAAAUCCUUCGUUAGAAAAUAACAUUCCAACAAAGUUGAAUUCUUUUUCAGACCAAACAAAUUUUCAAACGUUUCAUGAAAAGAAAAAUCUUGCUAAUCUUCAACCAUUUAAUUUUUGGUGCAAUACACAAGAAGAGUCCCAUGUUAAUUUUAACUGCAUAACUCCUAAAAAUAGUCAACAUGUUUUGAAUCAAUUAAACAAAAGUAGAACUCAAAGUCCCUUGUGUGGUAUAAGUUCAUUUAAGCGUGGUUCUAAUGAGACACCGUGGAAAACGUCUACGAAUCCUGAACAUCCACACACACACUUUGAAACAUCGCCUGUGGCAGAAGAGAUUUUGAAAGAAGAGCCAAACGAGAUUAAAGAUUUUUCAGGCACGUAUCCUGAAUCAAACGCGUCGUUUCCGAAAUUGAAUUCCCCAAGAACGCCCGGAGAAACAUUAUUUAAUGACAUUACAAAGCCAACACAUACGUUGAACACGCCUUCCAAUAAGUCUCUAAUGAAAAAAGGAUUCCAAUGGGAUGAACCAAGCUUUACUCCAACAUCUCCUUUAACUCAACUAACAAACAAUGAGUGUCAUACACAAAAUGUCAUUCAUCCGACACUAACGUCAAGCGUCCCCAUGGAAACCUCGUCACAAAUAGAGUCACAUGUCACUCCUGGACCAACCGUUCCUUUACAAGAAGCAGCUUAUAAAUUACAGAAGAGUUCUAAAGAGUCUCUGAAUGUGUCGAAUACUUUUCAAAAAACUUUUCAAUACGACGUCUUUUCCCCGAAUCGUACUAACACUAACACAUGUUUCUCAAAAUCAAAGAAGAAAAAUAAAAAAAAAAUGAAGCCUAAUGUUAUGGAAAGUGUUCUUCAUUCUGAAAGUCAACAAGCAUCACACGCAAGGUGUCAAAGUGCAAGCGGUUGCCAUUUCCAAAAUAGCAUGUUAGCUCAAGUGUCUCAUGAAUCGCUUCCUUACGCAAUGGCAGAAUGCUAUGGUGAAACCAUGCCAUGUAAUGCUUCCGCUAGUAGUAGUGGUGAGUAUCUCUCUACUGAAGCAUUCCAAUACAAAAUGUUGCAUUCGUGUCAACCUGAUGACGGUCCACUAUUCAAUUCAUACGUUGGAGAUCAUUUGUCUCCACGGAUCAACAUUUUGAAACAAUUGACUGGUCAUGACGUUCCAUCAACGAUUCAUAAAAGCGAAAAGUAUGAUGGUGUGGAAGCACAAAAUCUGCAAAUCAGCUUACUCUUUCCACCUCAAUCACCCCAGUGUUCUCAUGUGACUCCACGCUGUGUGAAAAAAGAAUCUUCCAAAUCCAAUGAGGUUGAUUUCAAAAAUGUCUCUUCGGAUGAGACGGUUGUUGAAGAAUACGACCACCAACGUAACGUAACUGGUCAAUUGAAAGAACCAUUCAUACCAAGUAGUACCUUGUUAAAAGCACCAUCUUUAUCGCACGACUUUUUAUCUCAAUCAUUUUCAUCUUUUAAUGAAUCGUCGUUGCAACACACAUUAGCUUCUACACUUCACACAUGUCAUCCCACACAGCCCAUUACAAGGUGCGCCAAUAAUCGAUCAUUUCCCCAGUUGCCAUCUACUGACGCUAGUUCACAAAAGAUUUUGAAUGGUCAUUUUCCAAAAUCUUAUAUUUGCGAACCCUUGGAUCCACAAAUGUGCAAUGGACCAUAUUAUAACAAGCAAGAAAAAUCAAACAUGGCGAGAAAACCUUAUUGCAUUAUUCCAGAGCAGCAUACGAUUCAUUCCACAAACAUGGCACCGAUGGAAAAUGCAGCGACAUUAGUGUCACCCAUGGAGGUUUCUGGAAUAUCUCCAACGGCAUCCAUUCCCAAAGACCGUGUACCGGUGGACACAACAAGUCAAUUUUUGAAGGAUUGGAUGGAUCCAACAAGACCUUCGUACGGCAGCACCAAGCCUUUUGAAGACUCCUCUGAGAUGAGGUCAUCUUUUCAGAGAACAAAAAAAUUCAUACAACCGGCUUAUUUUCCAACAGCUUCUUCUUUACUUUAUAAACCAUGCCUUUCAGAAGAUUUAUUACAGAAAUUUCAAACUAUAACUCAUCUUGAACCCGAGUACAAGAAGUUUUUAAAAAAUAUUCCUAGAAAAUCCAAAGAGGCGUUUACGCCAUCCGACUUUGCAGCAUUUCGCACAUGUCAUCCACACUAUUCAAAAAAUUGUUUUAUUUUAAUGCAAAAUGGAUACGAUAUUCGGUUAGGUGAAAUAGGUCGUGCUGCUUUAAAAAAGGAAAUUUCUAGACGGUUGAAAAAUGAUUCUAAAUUAAGAGAAAAAUGCGUUUCAGUUGUAUGUCGAUUGAAAAAUGCGAAUGUUUUACAACUGUUACAAAUGGCAGAAAUAUCAGGCUGUUUAGCUUUGGGUUUAAAGAUAUCUAGUAUGUAUUGGAAAGAAUAUUCAAGAAAACAAAGACCCUCCAUGUCGAUUAAAGAAUAUACAGAGCUUUGUACAACCGACUCAGGGCAUUUAUACAAUGAACAAAUUCAUUGGAAUGCUCCAGCUGACGAGAGGGAUAGGCAAGUCAACGAUAACACAAUGUACGGACAUUAUACCCCUUUGUCGUCUAGAUUGAAGGAGUCAUCUUGUUAUAGUAUGAAAAGGUAUUUAGAUUAUAAUCAUCCGAAUUUCUCUUCUCCACUUAAACGUCAUGAAGCAUUUUUAAUGGACACAACAAAUUAUGCUUCCUUGAAAGAUAACAAUUAUGUUUUGGAUCAUUAUCUCAGUGGAAAUUUCAAAACGCACACUUUGCAUUUACCCGAAAAACAAGUCAUAUUGGACUCUUCUAAAAAUGAUACGACUUCGUGUUGUUUUCCAAUACUACCGACUCCUUGCAAAAAAUUCUACUAUGAUACGUUAUCGUCAGGGACGACAUUCUUAAGUCCAGAUGGUUAUCAACCACUUUCACAUUCUACUCCAGCUGGACAAGAAGCUGCACUUUUUGAGAAGGAUUUUAUAUCUUCCUUAUCUUAUCCAACACAUCAUUUUAUUGACAAGUGUUAUGAAGGAAACCAAAGCCUUAUUUUUGGUACUUGUGAUGAUGAAAACACCAGUAACAACGACUUGCAAAACAUUUCUUCUCAAUCAAAGGCACAAUUUUGUACUAAACCUGAAUAUUAUUUAACAGAAGAAUCUUCUUAUCAGCAAGAGAAAUAUUUGAAAACUGAGAAUUAUCUAAACACAAUGUCAUGGGAGACUUGUAAAAAGUCUACAUGUGACGAGGCUAACACAUACUUUUCGUUACGACAUCCCUCUUGUUAUGAUGGAGAUCAACCAACUCUGUUUUCAAAUGAGGGCUCCACACUAAAAAAUUCAUCACCAACUGAUACUUUAGAGGGGUAUUCUUUUAAUCUCAACAUGCUGUCUUUCUCGUCUGCUGAUGUCAGACCACCUGAUUUAACCACUCAAUCUAACGUCGACACAGAUAACAUAUGUGUUAAAAAACGUAGACGCGCUUCCCUUAAUGAUCAUGUCGAUACUAUUGUCACAUCAAAACAAAAUAACUAUUUUAAACAAGGAAGAAGUUUUCAAAAAAGACAUUGUGAUUCAAUGGUCUUACAUGAUAUGAGUGGUGAAACGACACUCUUAAUGACUCCUUAUAGAACGCAUGUGGCAAUGGUAGAUGAUAAUUCACAGAUCUUUGAAAACCGUUAUACAAUCCCCCCUAAAAAUUCACAAGGAAUGUGUAGUUUAGAAAGUGACUCUGUAUCUCAACAAACUCCUCGAUUGAAUGGAUCAACAAGUGUGUCUGGAACAUCCGUCGAACGAUUCCCAGAAAGUUCAAACCAUACUAAUGACGCACAUAGAUCAUCUACAGGGGGUGUACCGGAUGAUUCAAACCAUUCGACGCACAAUUCAACAUCGGAACAUGAUACAAAAUCAACGAAAGAUUCUCCCGGUUUAUCCAUGGAAAACAGUCCUAAUGUUUUAGAUUUUCAAAUCACAGAUUCAAAAGAAAGCCUUUCUUCUAAGCCUCUUGCUCUUUUAUCACGUAUGAUGUUGCCAUCAAAUAAGCAGGAGCCUUCCAUUGUGUGUCAAAAUAACGCGCAAUCUUUCACUAAUUUGUCGAACUCCACAACCCGUACUUUCGAGAAGCAUACACAACAAUAUUCUUCGCUUAUGUCUUCCUCUCGACAAACAUCCACUCUUUUAUCUUCUCAAGAUACUCCUUGUGAGAUGACACCAGAAUAUUUUCUUUCAUCUCCCGUUCCUUCAGUGUCAUAAAAACAUUUGUAAUGAAUUCUUUCUUUAGUUUAUUCUUUCAAACAGUUGAGUUUUUUUCUGCAUAACAAAAGAAGAAAUUUUACGAACGAAAUUUCCCACAAAACACGUAUGUGUGUUUUUUUUUUUCAA